AUGGCGUCGAAUGGACCUCAGGAAACGUUUUCCGUCCCCAACGUGCUGGCAGCCAUGCUGACCAUGCGAAGUGGGGACGCUGAGAAGAAGAAGGUCGCCGUCGAUUACUUGGGCAGGUUUCAGAAAUCGAACGAUGCUUGGACCACGACGAUAUCGAUACUUCAAAACUCCACCGAGGCGGAGGCGCAGCUCUUCGCCGCGACCACCCUGAAGGGCAAGAUCACAUACGACCUCGGGACCCAAAUUUCCGAGUCCGACCUGCCUGCUCUGCGCAGCCAGAUCCUUCUGCUCCUGAAGAACUUCGCGCCGGGUCCCAAGCCGGUCCGGGUUCAGCUAUGCGUGUGCCUCGCGAUCCUUGCCAUCCAGAUGCAGACAUGGAAGGACGUCCUGCCCACCGUUGUCUCAACGCUCGGGGACGACGUCGCGAGCCACGCCUGCAUCCUGGACUUCCUGCGAGUGCUUCCCGAAGAAGUCACGGAAGGCCGAAAGAUCACCUUGUCUGAAGAAGACCUUGCCCAACGGACAUCGGAGCUGUUGGCGGACAACGCCAAACAGGUUGUGCAGUUGCUCGUCAACUAUGCCCAGUCGUCGCCCGCUGCUGCGACCAACCCCCAGCUCUUUGACUGCAUCAGCUCGUGGCUUCGGGAGGUCCCCGUCAGUGUUAUCGUUAACUCGCCUCUGAUGAAUGCGGUGCUGCAUGGCGUGACAGACGACAAGUCAUUGUUGGCUGCGGCCGACUGCCUCGGCAUCAUCUGCAGGGAAACCAAGGAUGUCGACGAUAACCUCGAAACGAUCCAGGCCCUGCUCCCAAGGGUGCUCGAGCUCAGGCCGCGCAUCCAAGCAUUGGUGGACGACGACGAUACGGAGGGGUUCAAGGCUAUCACCAGGGUGUUUGCCGAUGCUGGCGAAUCCUGGGUCUUGAUCAUCGCUCGCCAGCCUCAGCAUUUCCGUCCCCUGGUCGAUUGCUUGCUUGAGUGCUGCGCGAGGGACAAGGAGAGAGACGCCAUUGGUUAUACCUUUUCGUUCUGGUACGAACUUAAGCAGUAUCUGACCCUGGACCACUACAUGGAGGCUCGGGUGCAGCUUAUCGAUGUGUACGCCCAGCUUGUCGACAUCAUGCUCAGACAGCUCGAGUACCCGUACUCCGACAACCCGAACGACCUUGAUCUUUUCGACGGCGACCGAGAGCAGGAGGAGAAGUUCCGCGAAUUCCGGCACCACAUGGGCGACACCCUCAAGGACGCCUGCGAGGUCAUGGGCGUUACCGCCUGCCUUACUAAGGUGCACAACGCGAUUAAGCUGUGGCAGGAGAAAUACGGCAGCCAGGCGACGCAGACGUCGGUGCCCCAUUGGCAGUCGCUCGAGGCGCCUCUCUUUGCAAUGCGGGCGAUGGGCCGGAUGGUGGAGCCGGACGACAGCAGCGUCCUGCCUCAGAUUUUCCCGCUUCUGGUUCAAAUCCCCAUCAGCAAUGAGAAGCUGCGGUUCGCCGCCAUCAUGGUGUUCGGCCGCUACACCGAGUGGACUGCAGCGCACCCCGACUUCCUGGAGCCCCAGUUCCAGUACAUUGUCUCGAGCUUCCAAACCGACUCACUAGAAAUCCUACGUGCGGCGGCUCAAGCAUUCAUGUACUUCUGUGUCGACUGCAAGCAGCUCCUCGGUUCGCAGGUUAUCCAACUGCAGGCAUUCUACGACCAGAUUCUAGACAAGCUCCCAGUCUCAAGCAAGGAGGAAGUCACCGAGGGUGUGGCCUACGUUGUUGGCGUCCAGAAGACUGAGGACUUGUACAAGCUCCUCAAGCUCUACUGCGAUCCGUUGGUGCAGCGGUUGAUGGUCAAGGCAAACACCGCCACCGAUCAAAAGGGGAAGCUCGAUCUUGCCGAUCACAUAAACCUCCUUACUUUCUUCGUCCAACAUGUGGUACCCUACAUUCCCGCCAACGCCGAAAAUCCGGCGGUCAAGUACUGGCAAGAAGUUUUUCCCAUCUUGUCAACGAUCCUCGACAAUCUCAGCGACUUUGUCCCCAUCUGCGAGCGCGUCUGCCGGUGCUGGCGGUUUAUGGUUAUCUCAUAUCGGACAGCCAUAACGCCUCUCUUAGGGCCUCUUGCCAACAAACUGGCUGAGGGGUUCGCACGGUCAAAACAGGGCUGCUUCCUCUGGGCCACGAGCGCUAUUCUUCGCGAGUUCUCCGAGGACAGGGAGCACGUGGAUGAGAGCAUCACCGAGAACAUCUAUGUAUUCUUUGAGGCCCAGGCGACAAGCGUGCUGCGGAUUAUGAGCGACCUGCCGCCUGUCGACCUUCCCGACGUCAUUGAGGAUUUUUACCGUCUCCUCAUUGACGCCCUCCUUUACUACCCGACCAGGCUCAUUCCCUCCGCUCUGUUCACCCCCAUCUUCCAAGCAGCCAUCUCUUCCCUGGCCCUGGAGAAACAGGAGCCGGUCUCGGCGGCGCUCCACUAUAUCCGCGAUCUCCUCACCUACGGAGGGCCGAACCCUGCCGCAUCCGGCAGCGAUUUCGGCCCCGCCGGCCAACAGCUGCGCCACGUUGUCAAGCAGCUUCUGCUUUCGCAGGGCGAAGCCCUUGUCAAGCAGACGCUCGCCGGCAUGAUGAUUACUUUUCCGCGCGACUGCUUCGCCGACGGCAGCGGCGUGCUGCUGGGCAUGUUUGAGCUGCUCCCCGCCGAGACGGCGACAUGGAUCGACCGCACGGUGCGGAUGCUCCCCCAGGGCACCAUGACGGCCGCCGAGGCGGACCGCCUGCAGGCCAAGAUCAAGGAGAAGCUGCAGGGGUCGGACCCGGCUAAUGUCAGGCAGAUCCGCGUGCUGUUGCAGGACUUUACGAAUACGUACCGGAGGCGGUAUGUGGCGCCCCGCGACGGGCUGGGCCAGCUUGAGGCGGCGAGGUUUCACUUUGAGGGUUAG